UGCUGCUCCCGCUGCUGCCGCCACCCGCGCGCGCCCCGAAGCCCUCGGCACAGGACGUGAGCCUGGGCGUGGACUGGCUGACCCGUUAUGGCUACCUGCCGACACCCCACCCCGCCCAGGCCCAGCUGCAAAGCCCCGCGAAACUACGGGAUGCCAUCAAGGUCAUGCAGAGGUUCGCCGGGCUGCCAGAGACGGGCCUCAUGGAUGCAGUGACAAUGGCCACCAUGCGGAAGCCCCGCUGCUCCCUGCCUGACGUGCUGGGUGCAGCGGGGCUGGUCAGGCGGCGCCGACGGUACGCUCUGAGGGGCAGCAUCUGGAAGACACGAACCCUCACCUGGAGGGUACGAUCCUUCCCCCAGAGCUCCCAACUGAGCCAGGAGACUGUGCGCACCCUCAUGAGCUAUGCCCUGUCUGCCUGGGGCGUCGAGUCAGGCCUCGUGUUCCAGGAGGUGGGCUCUCAGGACAAGGAGCCUGACAUCCUCAUCGACUUUGCCCGUGCCUACCACCAGGACAGUUACCCCUUCGACGGGAUGGGGGGAACCCUGGCCCAUGCCUUUUUCCCUGGCGAGCACCCCAUCUCUGGGGACACUCACUUUGAUGAUGAAGAGACCUGGACUCUUGGGUCAAAAGAUGGUGAGGGCACCGACCUGUUUGCGGUGGCUGUUCAUGAGUUCGGCCAUGCCCUGGGCCUGGGCCACUCCUCAGCUCCCAACUCCAUUAUGAGGCCCUUCUACCAGGGCCCCGUGGGUGACCCUGACAAGUACCGCCUGUCCCAGGAUGACCGCGAUGGCCUGCAGCAGCUCUAUGGGAAAGCGCCCCAAACCCCGUAUGACAAGCCCACGAGGAAACCCCUGGCUCCUCCUCCCCAGCCCCCUGUCAUGCCCCCAGACAGACCCUCCUCCCCGGUCCCUGAUCGAUGUGAAGGCAAUUUUGAUGCCAUUGCCAAUAUCCGAGGUGAAACUUUCUUCUUCAAAGGCCCCUGGUUCUGGCGCCUCCAGCCGUCGGGACAGCUGGUGUCCCCUCGGCCAGCUCGGCUGCACCGCUUCUGGGAGGGGCUGCCCACCCAGGUGAAGGCCGUCCAGGCGGCCUAUGCCCGGCACCGAGAUGGCCGAAUCCUCCUCUUCAGCGGCCCCCAGUUCUGGGUGUUCCAGGACCGGCAGCUGGAGGGCGCCGCGCGGCCGCUCACCGAGCUCGGGCUGCCCCCGGGGGAGGAGGUGGACGCUGUGUUCUGGUGGCCGCUGAAUGGCAAGACCUACUUGAUCCGCGGCCAGCAGUACUGGCGGUACGACGAGGCGGCGGCGCGCCCAGACCCCGGCUACCCACGAGACCUGAGCCUCUGGGAAGGGGCGCCGCCCGCUCCGGACGAUGUCACCGUCAGCAACACAGGGGACACCUACUUCUUCAAGGGCGCCCACUACUGGCGCUUUCCCAAGGGCAGUGUCAAGACCGCGCCAGACUCCCCCCAGCCUAUGGGGCCCACGUGGCUGGACUGCCCCGCCCCCAGCUCUGACCCAGGGCUUCCCAGACCCCGCAAACCGUCCCCCAGUUCCGGACCCUGCGACUGUCAGUGCGAGAUCAAUCACGCCGCAGGGCGGCGGCCACCGCCCCUCCCGCUGCUCCCGCUGCUCCUGCUGCCUCUGCUGCCCCUGCUGGCGGGGGGCGUCGUCUCCAGCUGAGGGGGAGCUUCCUGAGCGAGAGGAA